CCGUCCGCUCCGCACUCCGCAGUGCUCUCUGGAUAGUACUCUCCGCACAGUUCAUUUAGACAACGGCAGCAACUACCUGUCCACCGCCGCGCAUCGUUCACAAAAAGGUCCCGAAAACUGCAACUGGAGCGCGUGGACUGAAUUGUCUUUGCUGCAGACUGUAGGACACAACCAUAACUAUAACUCAGGAGGAAAUGAAGAAACCCACGAGGAUAAAUUAAUUCAUGAGAUAACAUACUAACAAUGCAGAAUAUUUUUUUCCGAUGCAUGACUAAUUCUUUUUUUAAUAUUCACCACUUAUUCGUCUGCAUUUCCUUUCCAAAACACAAAUAAAAACCCAGGAUGAGAACCUUGAUGUUAAUGGUUUUACUUGGAGCGAUGGAGGCGCUGGCGGCCCAGGAGGACUGCGAGUCUGGCCAGUACACCACCGGAGGAGAAGGAGAGUGCUGUCUGCAGUGCCAACCUGGGGAGGGCGUGGUGAAGAGGUGCGGGGCCAAGCAGACCGUCUGCUCCCAGUGCCUGGACAGCGAGACGUACUCGGAGAACUACAGCCACACGGAGGAGUGCCAGGAAUGCACGCAGUGCACGGGCCUCUUCCGCAUGCUGACGCCGUGCACCGACUCCAACGACGCCGUGUGCGUGUGCAACUACGGGUACUACCUGGACAGCUUGUCGGGCGGCUGCCAGCCGUGCACGUCCUGCCCUCUCGGCUUCGGGGUGCAGGAGGGCUGCGAGGGCACGCGCGACACGAUCUGCGAGGAGUGCGUGGGCAACAUGUACUCUGACCAGGAGAGCUCGCUCGACCCCUGCAUGCCCUGCAUCUCGUGCGAGGAGUACCAGGAGCAGGAGAUCCGGCCCUGCACCCCCUUCAACAACGCAGUCUGCCACGAUCCAUUCCUUUCAUCAGCCUCUCCUUCUCCCGCCUUUGGCUCCUCUCCCUUCCCCUACACGGAAGGCUCUAGGACCGAGUUCCCCCACAGCCCCUCCCCCACGGAAAGCCGCACGACGGUCAGCCCCACCAAGGUGCACCCCUUCAACGAGAACCUCAUCCCCAUCUACUGCUCCAUCCUGGCGGCCGUGGUGGUGGGACUGCUGGCCUACAUCAUCUUCAAGAGGUGGAACAGCUGCAAGCAGAACAAGCAAGCGGCCAACAACCGCACGGUGAACCAGACGCCGUCGCCAGAGGGAGAGAAGCUGCAUAGCGACAGCGGCAUCUCUGUCGACAGCCAGAGCCUGCAGGAGCAGCAGCAGCAGCAGCAGCAGCAGAGUCAGCAGACACAGGCUCAGGCCCCAGCGCAGACAGUGGUGAGGGUGGAUGGGGGGCCCUGCCUGACUCUGCCCCCCCAUAAGUGCGAGGAGGUGGAGCGACUGCUGAAUGGGGGGAGCGGGGAGGUGGAGCAGGAGGAGGGCCGGAGCUGGUGCAGCCUGGCGGGGUUGCUAGGAUACGAGGAGGAGCACAUCGCCUCCUUCCAGCAGGAGGAGCAUCCCGUGAGGGCGCUGCUGUCCGAUUGGGCGAGCAAGGACUGCGCCAGCGUGGACGCACUCUGCACCGCACUGCGCAAGAUCAACCGCCACGACAUCGCCCGCAGCCUCAGCCCGCUGCAGCCACAGAGCCACACUGACCCCACGGCCACCUCCGCCGUGUGA